AUGAAAGGCUCCUACCUGGCCUGGGAGCUGGCGGGCGCUGUGCUGCUGCUGAGCUUUCCAACAGGUGGUACAAUACCUUCUAUUACUCCAGAAAAAUCUUCCUUAGUUGUGAAUAGCGGACAAGAAGUAAGACUGAGAUGCAACGAUGAUGGUCCAGUGACUUGGGAUUUUCAGAACUCAGACCCUUCAGGAAAGCCAAGACAUUUCAGGAAUAAGGAGUGGAACAUAAAAAAUGCAUCAGCCAAAGAUACAGGCAGAUACAUAUGCAAAAACAAAGAGAGUUUGAACACCUCCAUUUAUGUUUUUGUUAAAGAUCCACAUAUCCUUUUCCUUACUGACUCUGACCCUUUCAUCUAUGUAAACGAGGACAGUGAUGCUCUUGUGGUGUGUCCAGUGACAGAUCCAGAUGUUUCACAUUUCACCUUGAAAUUAUGUGGUGGCAAACCAUUCCCCGAGAAUUUGACAUUUAUUUCCAAUCCCCAGAAAGGAAUCACUAUCAAACAUGUACAAAGAUCAUUUAAAGGGUGCUACCAAUGUUCAGCAAAACAAAAUGGAGUUGAGACAAUUUCAGAAAAUAAAUACCUGAUUGUAAGGCCAGUUCACAAAGCCCUCCCUGUUAUCGCCUUAUCCAAACCCAGCCAGCUUCUCAAAGAAGGGGAAGAAUUUGAAGUUACAUGCACAAUAAGAGAUGUAGAUAGUUCGUUGAAAGCUAAUUGGAUUCCUCAAAAUAACACGACUGUUAAAAGCAAAAGCAAGAAUAUCGGUGAUUAUGAAUAUGAAAGGAAAUUAACAUUGAGCAUCCGUUCAGUGGGAGUUAAUGAUUCUGGAGCAUUCACAUGCCAAGCAAGAAACUCUUUUGGAUCAUCCAAUGUCACAAUAACCUUGAACGUACUAGAUAAAGGAUUUGUCAAUGUGUCCACUACGAAGAAUACAACAGUAGAUGUGAAUGCUGGGGAAAAUCUAAAUUUAAUAGUUGAGUAUGAGGCGUAUCCAAGACCAGAAGAAGAAGUGUGGUUGUAUAUGAAUGAAACAUUACACAAUUCAUCUGAUCACUAUGUCAAAUUCAAGACUGUGGGCAAUAACAGAUACAGGAGUGAACUUCACCUUACCCGAUUAAAAGGAACAGAAGGAGGCAUUUACACAUUCUUUGUAUCCAAUUCUGAUGCCAAGUCCUCUCUAACAUUUAAUGUCUAUGUGAACACAAAACCAGAGAUUCUCACUUCGGACAGACUUAGCAAUGGCAUGCUCCAGUGUGUGGCAGCUGGCUUCCCUGCCCCUACAAUAGAUUGGCGUUUUUGUCCAGGAACUGAGCAGAGGUGUUUCGAUUCACCAGCUAUAUCUCCUGUGGAUGUGAAGAUCUAUUCUAGAAAUUCAUCCUUUCCAUCAUUUGGAAGGAUAGUGGUUGAAAGUACCAUUGAUGCCAGCACGUUCAAAAACAAUGGCACUAUAUCAUGUGAGGCUUCCAAUGAUGUUGCCAGAAGUACUGCUUUUUUCAACUUUGCUGUUAAAGAACAUAUCAGUACCCACACCCUCUUCACUCCUUUACUGAUAGGGUUUGGAGUAGCAGCAGGACUGAUGUGCAUCGUAGUAAUGAUUCUUGUGUACAAAUAUCUACAGAAACCCAAAUAUGAAGUUCAGUGGAAAGUCGUUGAAGAAAUAAAUGGAAACAACUAUGUUUAUAUAGACCCAACACAACUUCCUUAUGAUCAGAAAUGGGAGUUUCCUAGAAACCGAUUGAGUUUUGGUAAAACUCUUGGUGCUGGAGCUUUUGGGAAAGUUGUGGAGGCUACUGCAUAUGGUCUGUUUAAAUCUGAUGCUGCAAUGACAGUAGCAGUAAAAAUGCUCAAACCAAGUGCCCAUUUAACAGAGAGAGAAGCCUUAAUGUCUGAACUCAAAGUUUUGAGUUACCUUGGUAACCACAUUAAUAUCGUGAAUCUACUUGGAGCCUGCACUAUUGGAGGCCCCACUCUGGUCAUCACGGAAUAUUGCUGCUAUGGUGAUCUUUUGAAUUUUCUGAGAAGGAAACGCGAUUCAUUUAUUUGCCCAAAGCGUGACGAAUAUGCAGAAACAGCAGUUUACGAGAACCUUCUGCAUCAAAAAGAGCCUGCAUGUGAUGUCAUCAAUGAAUACAUGGACAUGAAACCAGGAGUCUCUUAUGUUGUUCCACCAAAAGCAGAUAAAAGAAGAUCAGGGAGGACAGGAUCAUAUAUGGAUCGAGAUGUUACCAUUGCCAUAUUAGAAGAUGACGAAUUGGCUCUGGACGUUGAAGUUCUACUGAGUUUUUCUUAUCAGGUGGCAAAGGGCAUGAGCUUCCUUGCCUCCAAAAAUUGUAUUCAUAGGGAUCUGGCGGCAAGAAACAUUCUUCUCACUCAUGGUCGAAUAACAAAAAUUUGUGACUUUGGCCUUGCUAGAGAUAUAAAGAAUGACUCAAAUUAUGUGGUCAAAGGAAAUGCUCGGCUUCCUGUAAAGUGGAUGGCACCUGAAAGUAUUUUCAACUGUGUUUAUACUUUCGAGAGUGAUGUCUGGUCUUAUGGAAUAUUGCUUUGGGAACUAUUUUCUUUAGGAAGCAGCCCCUACCCUGGAAUGCCUGUGGACUCUAAGUUUUAUAAAAUGAUUAAGGAAGGAUACAGAAUGUUUAGUCCAGAAUGCGCACCAGUUGAAAUGUAUGAGAUAAUGAAGAGUUGCUGGGAUGCUGAUCCUUUACAGAGACCAACAUUUAAGCAAAUUGUACAGCUAAUUGAGCAGCAGCUUUCAGAUAAUGCAAACCAUGCUUACUCAAACUUUUCACCCCAUCAAGGAAAUGCUGCAGAUCACUCAGUGAGGAUUAAUUCUGUGGGCAGCAGCGCAUCAUCUACUCAGCCCCUUCUGGUACGCGAAGAUGCUUGAAAGAGGAGAGGGACAUCUGGACAACAGGCAGCCCAGAUGGAUUAGGCACUCUUAUUCUGCAGGGGACGAGAGAGAGUAGACAUUAAUGAUUUGUCUUACUUUACUCACUACCAAGGUAGUCUGAACAUUGCUAUAAUACUGUCCUUUACCACGCACCAUUACACGUAAACUUAGUCCAUCCACCACAGCCAUUGUUGCAGUGUUGACUGAAGCUGUAUAUACUUUGCUAUAUUGUAUGUUUUUGCAGUAGGGAGUCAUAUAAACAAAAAUCUAAAUCUUAAACCUGGGUCUGGAGCUAGAUGAAUACAAACCAAACCAACUAUUAAACAGUCCAUCUCUAGAUCUGUGCCUGGAAAGCUAAUAGUCAUUUUCUGAUUGCUUGAUUGUUGGGGAUUUUUUGCUACAUUUCUGAAAUAAA